CGAAUUUGUUCUUCUAUUUUCUAAUAAUAUUUCCCCAUUCGUAGUUGGAAUGGUCGCCUUCCUCGUUCAUCCACUCUGAGUGGUUGGAGAGUCAACAUAUUCCGUCGCAAGGACGGCGAGCUGGGACAGCUGGGCUCCUGUACUUGCUCUAAUUUCUCUCCACAAUUUUUUAUGUUUUUUAUUCUUCCUCGAGUACAAUCCAACUCCCCAUGUGACUGGUGGAGCAAAAGCUUCGCGGCGAAGACGCCGGAAAUCCAUGGCGGGCCAUCCCAUCCACGGAGAAAAGUCCAAGCUCCAGCGACUACCCACACCACUGUGAGAAGCAGUUGAAUCCUUAACGAAGGAUGCGAAGCGGCGGCCACCGCCCGAUAUCGCCCUCCUCAAAAAGAUUCAAUUUUGCAGCGGAGAAAAAAAAAUGAAUUUUUUUAGGGGGACGGCCGAAAGGAAACAUCCGAGGUGUGGGGGCUCCCUGCGAUUCCUCUUCCUUCUUGUCCUCUAGUUUUCCCUCCAUAAAAAUCCCCUUCUCUUUGUUUGUUUUAUUUGGCCAUUGUGUGGCGUAUUAUUUGGUCCAAGGACAUUGGGAUUUGGAAGAGUGGUGAGGGAUGGGGAGCGUCGCCGGCGAGGAGCAGACGGCGGGGGAGUUGGAGAAGAAGGAGGAGGGCGGCGGCGGAGGAGGAGGAGGGAAGGAGGAGAGGAUACUGGUCUCCGUCAGGGUGAGGCCGCUCAAUGCCAAGGAGAUUGAGCGCAAUGACCCCUCAGAUUGGGAGUGCAUCAACAACAACACCGUCGCCUUGAAGAACAACAACCUCCCGGAUCGAUCUGCGUGUCCCACAGUGUAUACUUUUGACAGAGUAUUUGGGUUCAAAUGCAGCACCAAAGAUGUCUACGAGGAAGGAGCCAAGGAAGUUGCUCUUUCUGUUGUCAGUGGAAUUAAUGCAACUAUAUUUGCCUAUGGACAAACUAGCAGUGGAAAGACACAUACAAUGAUCGGGAUAACCGAGCAUAGUGUGGCCGAUAUCUAUGCUUACAUAAAAAGGCACGAGGAGAGAGAAUUCCUUCUGAAAUUCUCAGCUAUGGAGAUAUAUAAUGAAGCAGUUAGGGAUCUCCUCAGUGCAGAUGCUUCUUCACUUAGGCUUCUCGAUGAUCCAGAGAGAGGAACCAUAGUGGAGAAACUUACUGAGGAAACUUUGAGGGACGAAAGCCACCUUAAGGAGCUUCUUUCCAUCUGUGAAGCACAAAGGCAGAUAGGGGAAACCUCCCUGAAUGAAACAAGCUCCAGAUCUCAUCAGAUCCUUAGAUUGACAAUUGAAAGCUCAACUAGAGAGUUUGUAAGUAGAAACAGCACCCUAGCUGCAACCGUGAAUUUCGUGGACCUUGCAGGUAGCGAACGUGCAUCUCAAUCCUUAUCUGCGGGAGCUAGACUAAAAGAAGGUUGCCAUAUCAAUCGAAGCUUGCUUACCCUUGGAACAGUUAUCCGAAAGUUAAGUGAGGGAAGAAAUGGACAUAUUCCAUAUCGAGAUUCAAAACUGACACGGAUAUUGCAAUCGUCCUUGGGAGGCAAUGCAAGAACUGCUAUCAUCUGCACAAUGAGCCCUGCUCGAAGUCAUGUCGAGCAGUCCCGGAACACCCUCUUCUUUGCCAACCGUGCGAAACAAGUAGUUACUAACGCACAGGUGAAUGUGGUGAUGUCUGAUAAGGCAUUGAUCAAGCAUUUACAGAGAGAAGUCGCCAGAUUAGAGAGCGAGCUAAGUGAUCCAGGAUCGACCUCCUGCACUUCCCAUUUCAAAGCUCUAAGGGACAAAGAUUCACAAAUUCAGAAGAUGGAAAGAGAAAUUAAGGAGCUGAUGCAGCAAAGAGAUCUCGCUCAGUCUCGCCUCGAUGAUUUGUCUACAACCUUAGGCGACGAUGAACAAUCUUCAAGGCAGUGGGAUGAAUUGAGUCAGUCCUCAGGAGUCGCUUUUCAAAGCCCAGAUUUUUAUUCUAGAAGAUUUUCCGGAACAUCAGACAUCGCAUAUCAAUGUCGAGAUAUUGCUGAAUCUAGAAGAUUUUAUGCUGCAUCAGACAUUGCAUAUCGAAGUCCAGAUAUCGGAUCUAGAAGACUUUGCAUGCCACACAAAAGCAAGUAUGGAGGUGAAUAUCAUCUAGAGCUCUGUGGUAAACUGGAUAAAGAUCAAGAUAUCUCAUCACCCAGUCACUCUGUUUUUAGUUCUGCAAUCAGUGGACUGAUCUUACAGCAGCGAAGGGGCAAAAGCUAUGAAUCUUUGCAAGAACAUAUAGCGGAUCACUGCAAGGAAGUUCAGUGUAUCGAGAUACAUGCUUUGAGCAAAAGUGAGGAUUCCAGUGCUGCAUCGGUGAUUCAAGACGAUGAUAGUCUGCUGUCUCAGGGAGGAGUCAGCAUGGAUUUGAUACCAAGAAUGGAAAAACCCUCAAAUAGUUCAUCUUCGUUGCCCAAAACGCCUAGAGUGAUGGCAUCUAGGGAGUUGGCACAAACUAGAAGCAGUAAUAGCGAGACGAGGCCAAUGAUCGUUUCACCUUUUCCAUCCGACGAUGCGGAGCAGCAUCAUGAGAAACAACCUGAUGCCUUAUGGGAAGAGUUUCCGGUGAGCCCUGAAGAAUCUCACAAAUCCAGUGAACUUUCAAGUAGUGCAGUUCAAACUGGGGAUAUUUUGAUCCUUGGUGAAGACGACGAUGCACACAUCGGUAGCUGUUCUCCAGGCAUGGUUCAGAGUUGGCUUCAAAAGAAACUACUUGAUAGCCAGGAGAACCAACAUAACCAAGUUGAAGAUUCUGAAGUCGAGAAGAUUGUGAAGGAUGUAGGAAUUGACUCGGUGCUGUAUCCCGUUGAAUCUCCUUCGAGAUGGUCAUUCGACUUCGAGAGGAAGCAACAAGAGAUAAUUGAGCUUUGGAACUCAUGCCAUGUUUCCUUAGUCCACAGGACCUAUUUUUUCCUUCUUUUCAAAGGUGAUCCAACCGACUCCAUCUACAUGGAAGUUGAACACAGAAGGCUAUCCUUUCUGCGAAACACAUCUUCUCAUGUUCAUUGUGCCACAACAAUAGCAACCGAGAACAGCCACAUCCCUACUUCUUCUUCAAGCCUGAAGCAUCUCCGCCGCGAAAGAGAAAUGUUGUGCAGGCAGAUGCAAAGGAGGUUAACUCUGCAGGAAAGGAUCAUGUCAUAUAACAAGUGGGGGAUCAAUCUCAAUUCGAAACAGAGGAGAUUGCAGCUUGCCCAACUCGUCUGGACCAAAACAGAGACGGCACACGCCGGGGAGAGCGCUUCGCUUGUCGGUAAGUUGAUCGGUCUCGAGGAGCAGGGGCAGGCCCUCAAGGAGAUGUUCGGACUCAGCUUCCUGCCACAGCAAACUAAUCACAGACACUUCAUCUGGAUGAAGAACAAGAAGUCACCGUCUCUUGCAUGAUCAACAAUUAACUGCCGUGAACAGAUUUGUGCAGAAUUAUAGCAUUAUAAAUGUAUUUUUUUUUAAAAAAAUAAUAAGGUAAACAAGAUUGAAUUUGUCUUAGUUUAAAACAUUUAAGAAGCAUUUGCUUUAUUCACAAGGAACGAAUGAAGAGCAUGCUUUGCCUUUUCUUUGAA